AUGUUCCGUCUCGCCCUCCGCGCAGCCCCCCGCUUCGUCGCCACCCAGCGCGUCGCCGUCACCACCCCCCUGGCCGCCCGCGCCUACUCGGCCGCCGCCCUCUCCACCGCCGACGUCACCUCGCGCGUCCUCGACGUCCUCAAGUCGUUUGAGAAGGUCGACGCCGGCAAGCUCACCGCCACCGCCUCGUUCACCACCGACCUUGGCCUCGACUCGCUCGACGCCGUCGAGGUCGUCAUGGCCAUCGAGGAGGAGUUCGCCAUUGAGAUCCCCGACGCCGAGGCCGACGCCAUCAACUCGGUUGACCAGGCGAUCGAGUACGUCGUCAAGGUUAGUACUGUGACCGGCGUCCGCCGCCGCCGAAAGCUAGUGUUGUGA